UUCUUAAUAUAUCACAUGGUCGUAUUCAAAAACAUGAAAAUAUACCAGUUAAUAGUCAGCGAAAUUCUGAUUCACAGUUUAAAAAACGUCAAGCUAUCGAACCAUCAGUUGCUAUUACGAAUAUAUUAGAACAGUAUUGGGAUAUUCCAAAGGAAAUUACCUUACUUUCAGCAUUGUUGGACCCCCAAUACAAAAAGCUUAAGAUUGUUACAGAAACUCAAUAUGAUACUUUAUAUAACAAUUUACCUAAGUUAUCACUUACAAAUGAACCAUCAAAUAUUAAUCAAGUUAACUAUUCUUUACUCAGACUAUCUGAUGAAGAAGAAAGUAAUAUGUCAAAUAAAGUUAUUUGUUAUUUAGCUUUACCAAAAGAAGCUCAGGAAUGUAAUAUAUUAGAAUGGUGGAAGGAACAAGUUAAUAUCUUACCAGUUUUGUCUAGAUUAGCAAUGAAAUACUUAUCAAUUCCUGCCACAUCGGUACCAAAUAAAAGGUUAUUUUCUGAUGCUAGUCUUCAUUUAUCUGCUUGUCAUUCUUGUUUAAAGCCAGAGUUGUUGGCAUCUAUAUUGUUUUUGAAAAGAAACAUGAAAUUAUUUGUUAGAUUAGAAGAUAAAUGA